AUGCCUUUCUCCCUAUCCAACCCCCGGGCAAAGGCAUUUACUGCCAUUGCAUAUGCUACCACCCUCCUCGCGGCUUCCCUCGAGGAUGUCUGCACAGUGGAAUAUGCCCAGGCUCACCUACCCGCAUCGACCUUCAUCCAGGGCAUCACCCUCGACCCGUCAUCCGUCACGACAAACAUAGUCACAAACGCAUCUACAAGCACCAACUCAAACUUUUAUCCUGCAGCAACCUUCUCGUACUGCAAUCUCACCCUGGCGUACUCCCAUGACGGCCGAGAUGACCAAGUUCUCAUCCAAUACUGGUUGCCCGACCCUUCCAAGUUCGAGAAUCGGUACUUGUCCACCGGCGGUGGUGGCUAUGCCAUCUAUUCCGGUCCGCAGUCUCUGCCUGGUGGUGUGAUGUAUGGCGCUGUUGCUGGAGCUACGGAUGGUGGGUUUGGGAGUUUUUCGACCAACGCUGAUGCGGCCAUGUUGCUUGCUAAUGGGACCCUGGACUAUGAGACUCUGUACAUGUUCGGGUACAAGGCCCAUUGGGAGUUGAGUAAGAUUGGGAAGCAGUUUACGCGCAACUUUUAUGGAAUGGCUGAGGCGACCAAGCUUUAUUCUUAUUAUCAGGGAUGCUCGGAAGGUGGCCGUGAGGGUUGGAGCCAGAUCCAGCGGUAUGGCGAUGAGUGGGAUGGUGCUGCUAUUGGUGCGCCUGCUUUCCGGUGGUCUUUCCAACAGACUCAGCAUCUGUAUUCCAAUAUUGUGACGAAGACUCUGGGGUAUUAUCCUCCACCCUGCGAGAUGGAGAAGAUCAUUAAUGAGACCAUCUCGGCCUGUGAUUCUCUUGAUGGCCUGAAGGAUGGCGUGGUUUCUCGCUCUGACCUUUGUCAACUGCACUUUGACAUCGAUACUGUUGUUGGGAAGCCAUACUAUUGUGCGGCAGUCACUAGCAGGGGCUAUGGCAAGCGCAAGAGGCAGAUGGGUUCUUCAUCUACCCCAGAACAGAAUGGAACUGUCACCGCCAAAGCCGUGGAGGUUGCCAAGGAGGUCAUUCGUGGUCUUCGUGAUACCCAAGGACGACAAGUUUAUCUGUCAUAUCAAACAGCUGCCGACUUUGACGAUGUGACCACCCAGUAUAACUCCGCAACUGGCAAAUGGGAGCUCGAAGUGGACGGCCUAGGUGCCGAGCACAUCGCUCUUCUGGUCGACAAGAACGGCACCGACCUCUCCAAUCUUGACGGUGUGACCUACGACACUCUGAAGGCAUGGAUGAUCUCUGGCAUGGUGGAGUUUGCCUCUACCCUGCAGACCAACUGGCCCGACCUGACACCGUUCCACGAGGCUGGUGGAAAGGUCAUUCACUUCCACGGUGAGGCGGAUGCCAGUGUUCCGACGGCGUCCUCGGUUCGAUACUGGGAGUCUGUCCGGCAGACCAUGUAUCCCGGUCUUUCGUACAAGGAGGGAGCUGCUGCCCUGAAGGAUUGGUAUCAGCUGUACCUCGUUCCUGGCGCUGCGCACUGCGCCACGAAUCCCCUCAUGCCCAAUGGUCCCUUCCCACAGACCAAUCUGCAAGUCCUCAUUAACUGGGUUGAAAAGGAUGUGAAACCUGUCACAUUGAAUGCAACUGUCCUCCAAGGCGAGAAUGUUGGACAGAACCGGCAAAUUUGUGGCUGGCCCCUUCGACCAAAAUGGAAGGGAAGCCAGAUGGAGUGCGAGUAUGAUCAGACCUCCAUCGACACCUGGCACUACGAUUUUAAUGGCGUCCCAUUGCCGGUCUACUAG